AUGGAGCAGCAGCUGCGGCGUCUCCAGCAGCUCAACAUCGCGUUGCAGUGCCUGGCCCAGGCUUUAGAGUCGGAAGCUGCGACUAGAACCUAUUCCACAACGCCGCGUACCGAAGAGAUCAUCAAGCCAGUCAAUUGCCGUGUUCUGAUGGGGCGGCGUCCCCGCUUCCUCAAAGAGGGCGCGUUGUUCAACGCAGGCGUCGAGGCAAAGGUACCUGGUCCUGGGACGUAUGAUGCUGACAAGAUCAUCAGCCUCGGUCGAUGCAAAGUGAGCAAGGAAAAGGACCCACCGAGGUGGACUAUGGCCAAAAAGUCCAUUAUGGAGUUUGCGAAAACGCAUUGUUGA